GAUAUUGUAACUUAGAUGAAUAUCAGGAGGAGGUUGAGGAUAAUGGUGGGGAUAAUGAUGAUGGAGAUGAUGAUGGGGAUGAUGAUGGAGAUGAUGAUGGGGAUGAUGAUGGAGAUAAUGAUGGGGAUGAUGGUGGGGAUGAUAGUGAUGAUGAUGAUGACAAUGAUAAUGAUAGAGAUGAUAAAAAGAACAUUGGGGGACAUAGUGUGGAGAAAAUGGACAUUGAAUCACCACUUCAAGCACCACCACCAAAAAUUUAUUAUUUUCUUACAGAAAAAGAUCCAAUAUCUAAAGUACCAUUU